CCCAAGGUAUCACAUGUAUAUCACGCUAACCGUUAUUCCAUGGGUGCUUGGGGCGUUAUUAAAGUGGAUCUUGGAACAUUUUCACAAUUCCGCCGAUGUUUGUUACGUUUGCUCGAGGUAGACUCGCAUCACACCGAAUCAACAACUAUUUGCCCGCAAAAGUAAAGUUCACAUAGCGGCCAUGGAGCAGAAAAGGGAACAGAGAAGGGAGCAAAUGGUCAGAAGGCCUCUAUACGUGUAUAACUUGCCAUCGGAUAUCUUAACAACUUUGCAACAAAAGGACGGUGUCGUACCCGAUAUCCCAGAAGCGCAAGAUGUCGAGGCGAAGGCGGAGCACGAUGGCACCAAAAGCGUCGGUGCCGCUUCCACCACAGCAUGCUCUCUAUGUGACCAAUCGUUUUCUACGGUGGAGCAGCAGCGGAGCCAUAUCCGGUCGGACCUUCACAGUUACAAUCUAAAGCUAAAACUACGAGGACUAAAACCUGUCUCUGAGACAGAAUUUGAGACCCUCGUAAAAGACUUGGACGAAAGCUUAUCUGGCUCUGAUGAAUCCGAAUCUGAUGACGAUGAGGGUCCGGCAGGCCGCAACGAAACUACUCUAUCUGCUUUGCUUAAGAAGAGAGCAGCUAUAUCUGCACAAGAAGGCGAGGGUGGCACCUAUCUGAGCUCUCAGAAGGAGAGCUCCAGCAAGCAACCACUUGUUUGGUUCACAAGCCCCACCGUGCCGCCAAACUCAUAUUUGGGGAUAUACAAAGCUAUUUUUACCGCCGAAGAACAAAACAACAAUGGCAAUUUUGUGGAUACCAUUAGGAAGAAGCAACUCUUGCCUAGAAUGCCUAUCAAGCAUACCAACGAUAAUAGCGAGAUAUCAAAACUGCCAAACCAGAACAUAGGGCCACAUAUGUUCAUGUGCAUGAUAGGAGGUGGGCACUUUGCUGCGAUGGUCGUGUCAAUGGUACCAAAACAAAGCAGUUCUUCAGCAACUGGGCCAUUAGCUAAAGAAGCAACCGUCAUCACUCAUAAAACAUUCCACCGCUACACGACUCGACGCAAACAGGGUGGCUCGCAAUCGGCAAAUGACUCUGCGAAAGGUGCGGCUCAUUCUGCAGGUGCGGGAAUAAGGAGGUACAACGAAGCUGCUUUGAAUGAUGAAGUUCGACUUCUUCUUGCUGAGUGGAAGAGUCUGAUUGAUACCUCUGAAUUAUUAUUUGUCCGAGCAACGGGAAAUAGGAACCGUCGGACUUUCUUUGGGCCGUAUGAAGGCCAAAUACUCCAAGCCAAUGAUCCUCGGAUUCGCAGCAUCCCUUUCAAUACUCGCCGUGCAACCCAGAAAGAGCUUAUGCGUUCGUUUAUAGAACUGACACGCGUCAAAAUUCGAGAAUUUGACGAGCAGUCCCUCGCCACCGCAGCUUCAGAUGCAGUACCAAAAGCUAACACGACUCAAAACUCGACGAAGGUUCCAACUACAACCACAAAACCGAAGUUUUCCGACGAGGAAGAAACGUUUAUGCUACACACUACACAGAUUCAGGCCCUGAUACGACGCUCCCGGCUCCCAGCCCUUCUUUCAUAUCUAAAAAGCAAUUCUUUGGAUGCUGAUUUCAGAUUCUUUCCGCCAGACGCACCACAGAACUUCCACACGCCAACACCACUACAUUUUGCAGCCAGUCUUAACAAUCCGGUGAUGGCCACUGGACUAUUGGUAAAAGCACACGCGAACCCGGAGGCCCUAAAUUCGGAAGGUAAACCUCCUUUUGAUUUGGCAGGCGAUCGACCGACACGGGACGCAUUUCGCCUCGCGAGAUCGCGCCUCGCAGCAGCCUCACCUCCAGCCACCUGGGACUGGGAGAAGUCACAUGUUCCAUCGCCUCUGACCGAUUGGGACGUAGAGACUAGAAGGGCGGAAGAAACUUUGGGCCGGAAGCGAGAAGAGGAAGACAGAAGGAAGGCAGAAACUGAAAGGUUAAAGAACGAGGGUCCGAAAGUUGCUGAGUCGGGGCCGCUAGGGAAGUCUGCAAGCAUGGGACGAGCUUUGGCAAUGGAGGCAGCAAGGAAAACGGCGCAGGAGAGGCGGGAAGAGGAAAGUAGGGGUUUAACGCCUGAGAUGAGAAUGAAACUGGAUAGGGAGCGGAGGGCGAGGGCUGCGGAGGAGCGGUUCAAAGCCAUGCAGGCGAACUCGGGUCAAAGUUGAGAAUAUAGCUGAGACUGAAAGCAUAGCAAUAUCUACAGCAUUAAUAUCAAGAAAGGUAGAGAAGGUCUGCCUGCGUUGGUUGAUCCUUCAAUAUAUAUAUAUAUAUGCUG